AUGCCGACCGGUUUAGAGGAGUUUUGCUUCGAACCGGUUGGAGAAGAGAAGACAUCAAAGUGGAACCAAGUGGGGCCGAAGAAGGGCUCCUACAUACAGAUUGACACAUAUCAGAAUGUGGGUCAGGGUUUUGGGGAUUACGACAAAAGCAGGAGUGGGGACUUCCACAAAGUGCGUGAGGGCUCCGGUGCUUACAAGCAAAUCCAGACGUACCAGCACGUUGGAGCCGGCCUUGGCAACUAUGACAAGGAAGAUGUGACUUCCUACUCAGGCUGGAAGCUCAAAAAAGGGUGCCUGAUCGUGCUGGUCAUUCUCGUGGUUCUCCUUGUGAGUGCUGUGGCCUAUUUGCUUAUGCAUAAAGACCCCAAUGCAGCAUUUCACCAAGGAGAAAUUGCCCACAGCCAUGCGCUUUUAGACCAUGAUUGCAAUGCAGGCUACGCCACAUGGCAAAGUAGCUGGAGUGACUCCAAAAAAGCUUUCUGUUGCAGCAGCAUUGGGGUGGCGUGCAGCCAAACUUCAUAUGACUGUGAUGCCGGCUAUGAUCAGUGGCAGAGCCUCUGGUCUUCAGAGAAAAAGGAUUAUUGUUGCGAUCGUACUGGCCGCGGCUGUUCCAAAGCAUAUGCUGAAGACCCUUACGAUUGCCAAGUAGGGCUUGACAACUGGCAGUCAACUUGGAGCCAGGGAAAGCAGCUUUGGUGUUGUAGCACACAUCAGCUUGGCUGUCCACAGUACAGCCUCAGUUUCGAUUGCGAGGCAGACUUCGCUAGCUGGAGAACAGCAUGGUCUUGGUCACAGAAGCAUUGGUGCUGCGUUCACGAGAAGAAAGGCUGUGACGAGCCUGCGCAAUGGGACUGCCAGGCGGGCCUUUCAAGGUGGAGGUCGGGUUGGUCACAUGCCAAGAAAACUUGGUGUUGUCGGCAUGAACAUGUAGGCUGCCUAUCGACUGUCGAGCCCUUCGACUGUCACGCAGGCUUGUCAAACUGGCAGCAUGGCUGGUCAGAAAGGAAGAAGCGGUACUGCUGUGUCUCCCACUCGCUCGGCUGCGUUACCACGACUCCCACGACUCUGCCCUUUGACUGUAUGGCCGGAUAUGGGAACUGGCAGCAUGGCUGGUCUGACGCAAAGAAGGCCUGGUGCUGUCAAGAGGCACACAGGGGGUGCAUGCAAAGCACUUCGCACCCGACAACCAGCGCGCCUCCAAGCACUCCUGCACCUGCAUCCUGCCACUCCUCUUGCAUUGUUGGAGGCCACGGCAGUUCAUGUGCGGAGCGGAUAACGCACACAGCUAUGCACGAGUAUGCGCACGAGGAAGGGGCUUGCAGGAAGGCCUAUAGCAAGGUGUUGGCCUUGUGUGAUGUUUGCCACGCAUGCGGCUUCGAAGAAGCACAGUGCAGGCAGCUCCCUGUUGAAAAGCCAGCCCCGUUCGAUUGCCGGGCAGGUCUCGGAAAUUUGGAUUCUGGAUGGUCCCAGAAAAAGAAAGAUUGGUGCUGCACCCAUCAGCAUUUAGGUUGUCCGGUGUCAUUUGAUUGUGAUGCCGGACUCGCAAACUUCUACGCCGCAUGGUCUGCGAGGAAGAAGAACUGGUGCUGUCGGAAGGAGGGCAAAGGUUGCCUGGGCCCUCAUGCGCCGCAUCUUCCAGCUGGAAAUGGCUUUCUGUGGAAGCGAGCCCAGGUGCACGGCUAUUGGACUUGGAUCCGGUCUCCAGCACAUGUGCAUCAUGAUCACCCUUCUGAUCAGUACAACUGCCAAGCCGGUUUUCACAACUUUGUCCAUGCAUGGUCCGACGUCAAGCAGCAUUGGUGUUGCCAUCACCGCGGGAUUUCCUGUACAGGCCCAAACCCACCAGCUGUGCACCUCCGCUCCGGCAGCACCUGGGUGCAUGUGAAGAUCGAGGGUGUGUGGACUUGGAGGCAAGUACCCCGGGACCAGAACAACCCCCAUGUUGUGGAUUGCAGCACGGGCCUUGAUCAAGCUGCAAAUUGGGCACCAAGCAGAAAGAAAUAUUGCUGCACGCACGAAGGCAAAGCAUGCUAG